AUGGCCUCAACUCCACCGACACUCUGUUUUAACGAAAUAUUCAAAUAUCUGCAUGGAGAUAUUUCUUCGCUGCAUUCUUGUGCUCUAGUAAACCAUCACUGGUCGGAGCACGCCAUUCCAGAAUUAUGGCGCGAUCCAUUCGUUGUCACACAAUAUAAAAGUCGUCGUACUAAACUUAUUUAUUCGUUACUACCUUUUAUUGAUCGUAAUGCCAAACAUCAAUUUGCACCAUCAGCACUUUAUCGAACCCCAUGCUAUAACUACUUGUCUUAUAUGAGAAAUUUUAGCUUCUCAGGACUUAUCAAGAUCAGUAAGGGAGUUGCACGCGAGGUAGUACCUGAAAACUACAAGAAAAGUGUCUUUAAAAAAGCUAUUGAUACAAAAUUUAUUAAAGCACUUUGUCGUGCAAUUAUCAGCUACUGUCACAAUCUUGAGAGGAUCGAUAACGAUUUGACAGUUCCUUUCUUCCAGAAUCGAUCACAUAUUAAUCAACAGCAAUUAGUUGUAUCACAAUGGAACUUUUUUGAGUUUCCAGGAGCGAAGACAUCAUUUAGCCGCUUGCGAUGCUUAUAUGUUGACAAUCUUAAUGGCUAUAAAAUCAUAAAUUCAGCAGUUACAGUCACUCCAGAGCUUACAGAAAUUAGCAUUCGCAUGUACAGUAAAAAUUUUAAGAAUAGGCUAACAACAUCAUCUUAUAAGGAAGAAUUGCUUCCAAAGUCAUCAUUAUACUUACUUAAACAGUUUCCUAAAUUGGAACGGUUUAACAUUGUUGAAGGUCAGAGGACCAUAUGGAGAUUAUUUAACGCCAGCACCUUUCUUACUCUUAUCGGUCGUAGCCUUCCUACAACAGUCAAACAUUUUUGUUUUGAUAUUAAUUGUCAAUUUUCUACGUCAGCCCUUAAAGAAUUUCUCGAUCAUGCAGCAAGUAAUUUAACAUCGUUAUCAUUCUCCAAAUCCCAAAAAUUUUCAGGCGAUCAUCUUGACGUUAUUUGCAAACAUAAAGAUGUUCAUAUCGAAAUGUUAGAUAUAUCCAGUUCAAAAAUAAGCGAUAAUUCUAUCUUAAAUGUGGCAAAAGCACAGAUCUCGAUGGUUCGUUUUGAUAAUACUAUGAAGGGACAAACACUUAAUCCAGAAGAUAAAUUUCAAGACCUUGAUGAUCCAUACUUUAGACGUAAUUGGAGUGAUUAUUAUAAUGAUGCUCGUGAUAGUAGUGAUUUUGAAAAUGACAGUGAUUUUGAUAGUAGUGAUCUUGAAGAGAAUAAUAAUAAUAGAUUUGUUUAUCUAUGGAAUGUCUUAGA